GCUCGAACGGAGCAGUCAUGGAUAUAGAAACGGCGAAGGAGUCGGUGGAUCAAAGGGAUACGCCGGAAAUAGAAGUGGGUUCUGGAUUGUGCCAUCCCCUGCGCCGCAGAUUUCGGCGAUUUUUUACCGCCAAGCAGCUUUACGAGUGCCUCCGUCCGGUUUUCCACGUCACCUACAUCCAUGGACUCACCUUCUUCUACAUAAGUUGCGAUAGCAAAACCGGGAAGAGAACCAUCAAGAAAACCAUUUUCGGCUACAUAAAUGGCAUAAUGCAUAUUGCUCUAUUUGGCUUCGCCUAUAGCCUUACCAUAUAUAACAAUUGCGAAUCGGUGGCCAGCUAUUUUUUUCGAUCUCGCAUCACCUAUUUUGGGGAUAUGAUGCAGAUUGUGAGCGGCUUCAUUGGAGUCACUGUCAUAUAUUUGACUGCCUUCAUACCAAAUCAUCGAUUGGAGAGAUGUCUGCAGAAGUUUCACACCAUGGACAUGCAGCUGCAGACGGUGGGCGUUAAGAUCAUGUACAGUAAGGUGCUGCGAUUUAGCUAUAUGAUCCUGAUCUCCAUGUUUUUGGUCAACCUACUUUUCACCUGUGGCACCUUCUCGGUUCUGUACUCCUCGUUAGUUUCGCCCACAUUGGCACUCCACUUCACCUUUCUCAUCCAGCACACGGUCAUCGCCAUAGCCAUUGCGCUCUUUAGCUGCUUUACAUAUCUGGUGGAGAUGCGACUGGUGAUGGUCAAUAAGGUCCUGAAAAAUCUUUCUCAUCAAUGGGAUUCGCGUACGCUGAAAGCCGUCACCCAAAAACAGCGAUCACUCCAGUGCCUCGAUUCAUUUUCCAUGUACACCAUAGUAACCAAAGAUCCGGCUGAAAUCAUUCAGGAGUCCAUGGAGAUACAUCAACUAAUUUGCGAGGCAGCUGCAACGGCCAACAAAUAUUUUACCUACCAAUUGCUGACCAUUAUAUCUAUAGCUUUUCUAAUCAUCGUUUUCGAUGCCUAUUAUGUUUUGGAAACUCUGCUGGGAAAAUCGAAGCGCGAAAGUAAAUUCAAAACAGUGGAAUUUGUGACAUUUUUCUCCUGUCAAAUGAUUUUGUAUCUGAUUGCCAUUAUAUCCAUUGUCGAGGGAAGUAAUCGGGCAAUCAAGAAAAGCGAGAAGACCGGAGGUAUUGUCCACUCCCUACUAAAUAAAACCAAAAGUGCUGAGGUCAAGGAGAAACUACAGCAGUUCUCCAUGCAGCUAAUGCAUCUCAAAAUAAAUUUUACCGCAGCUGGUCUGUUUAACAUUGACCGCACUUUGUACUUUACGAUCAGCGGAGCCUUAACCACUUAUCUCAUUAUCUUACUGCAAUUUACCUCCAAUUCCCCGCACAAUGGCUAUCAGAAUGGCAUCUCCUGCUGUGAGACCUACAAUAAUAUGACGAAUUAAACGCUUUAAAUGUGUUUUUAGUGUCAUUACAACAAGAGGAGUGCAGAAAAGUCGAUGGAGCCGGUGAAAUAUGGAUUACG